GAAACGCUCGUUGCUAAGGAACGAGAGGCGCGACUGGGCUUGCGCAGUGUCGACGCCGGCGCCGGCGCGCCGGGGUUUGAAAGGCCCGAGCCUCGCGCGCUUGCGCACUUUAGCCCGCGCAGGGCGCACCCCACCCCCUCCCACCCUCCCUGCCCCUCGGACCCCAUACCCUACCUCAUCCUUCUGGCCAGGCGAAGCCCACGACGUUGACAUGCCGGAGAUCCGCCUCCGCCAUGUCGUGUCCUGCAGCAGCCAGGACUCGACCCACUGUGCAGAAAAUCUUCUCAAGGCAGACACUUACCGAAAAUGGCGGGCAGCCAAGGCAGGCGAGAAGACCAUCUCUGUGGUCCUACAGUUGGAGAAGGAGGAGCAGAUACACAGUGUGGACAUCGGGAAUGAUGGCUCAGCUUUCGUGGAGGUGCUGGUGGGCAGUUCAGCUGGAGGCACUGGGGAGCAAGACUAUGAGGCUGGAGUGCAGUGGCACGAUCUCAGCUCACUGCAGCCCUGUCCUCCCAGGUGCAAGUGAUCCUCCUGCCACAACCCCUCAAGUAGCUGGGACUACAGGAUUGCACCACCAUGCCCAACUUUGCACUAGUCAGUGUGACAAGGUCCUUCUGGUCACCUCAUCUUUCAUGUCCCCUUCCGAGAGCCGCAGUGGCUCAAACCCCAACCGUGUUCGCAUGUUUGGGCCUGACAAGCUGGUCCGGGCAGCCGCCGAGAAGCGCUGGGACCGGGUCAAAAUUGUUUGCAGCCAGCCCUACAGCAAGGACUCCCCCUUUGGCUUGAGUUUUGUACGGUUUCAUAGCCCCCCAGACAAAGAUGAGGCAGAGGCCCCAUCCCAGAAGGUGACAUUGACCAAGCUUGGCCAGUUCCGUGUGAAGGAGGAGGAUGAGAGCGCCAACUCUCUGAGGCCAGGGGCUCUCUUCUUCAGCCGGAUCAACAAGACAUCCCCAGUCACAGCCAGCGACCCGGCAGGACCCAGCUAUGCAGCUGCUACCCUCCAGGCUUCUAGUGCUGCCUCCUCAGCCUCUCCAGUCUCCAGGGCCGUAGGCAGCACCUCCAAGCCCCAGGAGUCUCCCAAAGGGAAGAGGAAGUUGGAUUUGAACCAAGAAGAAAAGAAGACCCCCAGCAAACCACCAGCCCAGCUGUCGCCAUCUGUUCCCAAGAGACCUAAAUUGCCAGCUCCCACUCGUACCCCAGCCACAGCCCCAGUCCCUGCCCCAGCACAGGGGGCAGUGACAGGCAAAUCCCGAGGAGAAGGCACCGAGCCCAGACGACCCCGAGCUGGCCCAGAGGAGCUGGGGAAGAUCCUUCAGGGUGUGGUAGUGGUGCUGAGUGGCUUCCAGAACCCCUUCCGCUCCGAGCUGCGAGAUAAGGCCCUAGAGCUUGGGGCCAAGUAUCGGCCAGACUGGACCCGGGACAGCACGCACCUCAUCUGUGCCUUUGCCAACACCCCCAAGUACAGCCAGGUCCUAGGCCUGGGAGGCCGCAUCGUGCGUAAGGAGUGGGUGCUGGACUGUCACCGCAUGCGUCGGCGGCUGCCCUCCCGGAGGUACCUCAUGGCAGGGACAGGUUCCAGCAGUGAGGAGGAUGAGGCCUCUCACAGCAGCGGCAGCGGAGAUGAAGCCCCCAAGCUUCCUCAAAAGCGCCCCCAGACCAAAACCAAGCCCACUCAGGCAGCUGGACCCAGCUCACCCCAGAAGCCCCCAACCCCUGAAGAGACCAAAGCAGCCUCACCAGUGCUCCAGGAAGAUAUAGACAUUGAGGGGGAACAGUCAGAAGGACAGGACAACGGGGCGGAAGAUUCUGGGGACACAGAGGAUGAGCUGAGGAGGGUGGCUGAGCAGAAGGAACACAGACUGCCCCCUGGCCAGGAGGAGAAUGGGGAAGACCCGUAUGCAGGCUCCACGGAUGAGAACACAGACAACGAGGAACACCAGGAGCCUCCUGAUCUGCCAGUCCCUGAGCUCCCAGAUUUCUUCCAGGGCAAGCACUUCUUUCUUUACGGGGAGUUCCCUGGGGACGAGCGGCGGAAACUCAUCCGAUACGUCACAGCUUUCAAUGGGGAGCUCGAGGACUAUAUGAGCGACCGGGUUCAGUUUGUGAUCACAGCACAGGAAUGGGAUCCCAGCUUUGAGGAGGCCCUGAUGGACAACCCCUCCUUGGCAUUCGUUCGUCCCCGAUGGAUCUACAGUUGCAAUGAGAAGCAGAAGUUACUUCCUCACCAGCUCUAUGGGGUGGUGCCGCAAGCCUGAAGUAUGUGCUACACACACACACACACACACACACACACACGAUGCAUUUAAUAAAGAUGAGUUGGUUUGGA